AUGGAUCCCUCAUCCUAUGACAAUGACGAGUUAUGGCCUCGUCGCCAGCCUGAGCCCAUUAUCGUUCCGUCAUCUCGACCUCUUCGGGAGAGAGAAAUCAUCGUCGUACCUUCUCGACGCCGGGUCCGAUCGCCGUCUAGACCAUACAGCGUCAACAUCGACGACAGCAGACAUGCUGGGUCCUACUGGUCGCGAAGUUCUACACCUGUCAUCAGCCAGCCCCAGAGGGUCCCGCUGCAUAGGACCUCCUCCAUAUCGUCUAAUGCCUCCAUCAUCGACAGCGAUCGCCCCCUCGUUCGGCCGUCGCCUCUCAUUCUCGACCCUGGCAUGCCACCGCCCCGUCGACCUGUCACCGUGCGAUCUCCUUCUCCCGAGCGCCCUCUCUCCCCAAAUGCACCGUUAAUUCCGAUGCCCCCUCCCAUUCCUUCCGAAUACCGUUACGACAUCCCAACCUCGCCGAUACGGCGGAGAAGUCGUUCAAGAAGCAGAAGAACCCGCCAUUUCUUUGACUCGGACUCGGAGGACGACGACGUAUACCACCCCCGGUAUCGCGAUCGCAACCAUGAACGCGAGCUCCCAAGGCCUCGGCGCCGGUCGACAAGGGGAUCGGAUACCUGGAACCUGUCACCUUCACCGAGUAGGGAAGAGAGGUUGCGGGCGCAAGAGGAGCGGGAAUUGAGGGAAAGAGAGAUGCUUGACAGAGCAAAGAUGGAACGGAUGAAACGGCUGACGGAAGAUAGAGAGAUAAUGAAAUAUGAAAGGGAGAAAGAAGAGUAUCGAGAAAUAGCGGCAAAGGCAAGGACGGAAAGGGUGACACGUGAGAUGGAGAAGAUCCAAGAGAGACUGAGACAGGUGGAAACGCAAAUGGCCGAGGCACUCGCAAAGCAUUCGGAGGGCGAAGGUGCAAAAAGUCAGGACUCCCAGACGGGGGCAGGAGAAGCCGAAUCUAAAGCCGAUCAACAUAUGCUCCGGGAGAGUCUCGAACGGCUCAAGCGGGACAUGGAGCGCCUUCAGGAAGAGCGACGAAGCCAGGCUAACGAUCUGGAAGAAAAACGAAUUCGAGAGCAACUGGUGGAGAGGCAAUUGCGGCGGGAACGCGAAUUGGAUGACAUCAUAGAAAAACAGAGAUUGGAAGAAAUACUCGGUCUGAGGGAAGCAGCGCGCAAAAAUACAGAAGAGAAUAUGAUAAAGCAAAGGAUAGAGGCAGAGGAAGCGCGCAAAAGGGCCGAAGAGAAUAUAAUAAAGCAAAGAAUAGAGGCAGAGGAAGAGCGCAAAAAGGCCGUCGAGUUGUUCGAACAGUCAGUGAAAACGAAGUUUCUUGCCGCUGGCUACUCUGAGGAAGAUGCCGACCGGAUUCUUUCCGGGAAAAGAGCUACAAAGUCAAGACAACUGUCGUCAUCGGCGGAGCCGAGUGAAGAGAGCAAGAAACCCAUAUUUAUCAAAGUUAAUCAGAAGUAUCUUCUGCCGGAGACACUGGACACAUUCGACUUGCCUUGGGAAUUCGAUUCGGUGAGUCCAUUGGACCCUACUCGUGGGGCCGUAUCACUAACAAAAUCGAUCCAGAGGGAUAAGGACUACAUCAUCAUCAAAAAAUGGAUCGAUAAAGACGUUCAAGAUGAAUUAUUUCAACACACCAAGAUGCUCAAGAGGAAAAAGGCAACUGAGACCGCCACAGAAGUCGCGGGGAAAAAAGGCGAGGAGACUCUGUACAUCGUUCGAGAAUCGUCGCCUGCAAGAAGAUAUCGUGCAGACCACGCAGAUCGUGCAGACCGUGCAGGUCGUUCAAGGAGCUACUUUCGUUGA